AUGCAAUACUCAUACAUCCUUUCCGCCGCUCUCUUUGUAACCUCCACUCUGGCGCUCGUGCCCCGCCAAUCUCCCACUUUUACGGUCAAAAUCAACGCAACUCAAUCCGACAUCCAUAACACCCGCCCGGACGCUAUCGUUGAAUGCGAGAUCAACAAGCUAUGCGACUCACCAGACACGGUCGUAUCCGCACUUACAAUUGUGCCCGACUCUGGUACCAAUCAGCUCAACACCACGGCUGUUGAAUGCCGAUCCUUCACUGCAUCGAAUCCAUUUGAUCCAUCUGGGGCUCCAGCGGCCAAUGUACCGUUUGACACGGUGACAAAAAUAGGUAUUGCAACAAAUGCGCGUGCUUGGACGCCAGUCAUUUGCUAUCUUAGGGCGGUUGGAGAGACGAACUGUGGUGGAAACACAUUUUCAUGUGGUGCUUGA